AUGGACCACGAGGCCAGCAUCAUCAAGGUAAGAGAUAAGGUGAUGGCUGGUCUGAUGGUGGUACUCAAGCAGACCACCUGGGAUCAAGUCAUCAAGGCUGUCAAGGAGCAUGGCAUCACUGACACUGAACAUUGGGAUGCCAAGCCCUACCCUGUUGCUAAGAUCUGGCCUCCUGAAUGUGGUCAGGUCUGGUUCAAUGCUCUCAUGCUGGAGGACUACUUCCUGUCCUUCACCAUGCCAGCCCCA